AGUCUGGUCGCAGUGGGUUAAUGUCCCUUCCAUGUGGGGUAAUGAUGCGGGCGGCCGUACCGAGCCAUAGCAUAGGGGCGGUUCGGGCUGUUGUUGCCGAGCCUGUGGCAUCCAUGUCACUGCGGUGUUCAUUGUUGGUCGGGCGAGGGUGUGGUGCUGUCGGAGUGCCGGGAGGACGCCAGGAGUACCGCAGGAGAGCGGCAGAACCACGGGAGGACACCGAGAGGACCGAAUAAGGGCGGUGAGAGGAUCGAAAAAGGACGGGGAGAGGUGCAGAAACUUUGCAACGAGCCGAGAGGCUAACAGGAGGGCUAACGAGGUCAGGGAAACUGGCUCAUCAGAAGGAUCGUAAAAAGAGCUUGCAAGUAGGUACAGCUGGCAGUUGCAAGACCGCCCGUCCCGUCCCGCGCCACCUCUUGGGGCGCCGGGGUGAGACCGACAGGUGGCUGCCGACCCUGAGUUGUCACAGGUCGACAGCGCGGCAGCUCUGACUCAGCAGUGGCGUCAACAGUACUGCGGAGGUGAGCGGGGUCGGGCUACGGACGCUCCACGCUCAGUUCUCGGUCAGAGUGAGCGCCUGUUGAUCCACUAUAGUUCGUCCACCAGCCUGUCCACCGGCAGUUAAUUUAGCGCGACCCAUCAGUUUAUUGAGACCCAAUCAGUUCAGCAAGACCCCUCCCCUGUGUUUCCGCCGUGAACUUCCCGCGCCGUAAAUGCCACCUGCGCCGUAACCACAUUGGCAGCUCCGCAGCUGUGACGGCCACACACCACCGGUGACGGACGGGGCUCGACUGUAGCCGCGGGGUUCGACUGUAGCCGUGUGUGUCGUACAGGUGGUUCGGUCACAGCCGCAGCUGGGCCGGCCGACAGGCCUCGGUGCCGCCCGUCACCCGCCGCGGCCCGAAGGCGUCAGUGGUGCGCGGCUCCGGCUGCCCUGCCGUGACUCUGAGCUGACGGAGCAGCGCCUCCGGCCCGUGUACCGUGACCUGGCGUGACCUGGCUCGGGCUGGUGUGCUCCCAUUCAGCGUGGGCUGACUUGGAGCAGGAUCAACACAUUCAGGCGAACAUACCUACCGUCUGCCGUGUAUUUCGCUGAUCAGCAAACAUCUACCGCUCGCCGCUGACUAACAUCCUGACUCGGCAUGACCUGUCGCGAGGUCACCCCGACCCAGUGACAUGCGCGGCCCUGGUGCGUGAUGCGGCGCUGCGCCGGGGAUGGCUGCAGUUCUCAGCACUAGCGGGGACGGCAGCGGCGGCGGCGGCGACGCGCUGACCCUCGACUUCAUCAGCGGGCUGACCAACGAGGAGAAGCUGCUGAUCAUCGUGGGCAGCGCCGGCGCCGUGCUGCUGAUCGUGCUGCUCGUGGUCUGCCUGGUCGGAGAGGUGUGCCCCCUGCACACCGUCCUCUACAAAGAUGAGCGCUCGCUGGGCAGCCGGCCCGGCUCGCUGUCUUCGUCACGGAACCUCGGCAACAGCAGAAGUCAGUCGAGGGAUGACCUGGACACACCGAGGCCAGCCAAGAAACGACCCGAGCGGACGGGUCUUUUGGACGGUCUCAGCCUGCAGUCGCGCGGCCGGGACUCAACAUACUCGUCCAUGUCGGACAGCGGACGACACUCUCCGACCCCGACACUCGCCUCGUUCAGGAGCGCGCCACUGAGCGGUUCAUCCGAGUCCGUACUGGAGCGGUCCGGGGCCGGCCAGCUGAACUUCUCCCUCCAGUAUCAGACCAACGGAGACAGGCAGAUCGGCAAGCUGCACAUCAACGUGCAGGAGGCACGUGACCUGCCGUCGCGCGACUAUGUGGGCACGUGUGACCCGUUCGUGCGCGUCACCCUGCUGAGGGAGAAGCGGUCGCUGCGCGGCUCUCGCAGCUCGGUGGUCUGCGAGUUCCUCACGCGCACCCUGCGCCACACCAGGAGUCCCAGCUUCAAUCAGACGUUCAGCGCCGAGAUCGUCAAACCGGACCUCAAGGACUGCGCCCUGAAGCUGACCGUGUUCGAUGAGGACCGCUACGGCAGCGCCACGGAGAUGGGCUCAGUCACCCAGCCACUCAGGGUCCUGAAGAAACUCAUCACCUCAGAAGCCAUCCAGACCGUCUCCGAAGACAUACGACCCAGCUCGAAGACAUACGGCGAGCUGCUGUUUGGUCUCAGCUACCUGCCCACGGCACAGAGGCUGACCCUGACUAUAUCACGGGGAUCGGCCCUCAUGACCUCCAGGGUCACUGAGGACAUUCAGCAAUUCUGUCCGUACGUGAGGGCGUUCCUGCUGAGCGGGUCGGGGCGGCUGAUCAAAAAGAAGAAGACGGCGGCCAAGCCUGCGGGCGCGUCUCCGAUUUUUGACGAGACGGUGGUGUUUGACCUGCCGUUCGCGCAGCUGGAGGUGGUCACCGUGCUGGUGUGCGUGUUCCACCGGCCGCCGGAGGUGGCGCACAACUCCAACGGCGCCUCAGGAGACCCGGGUGACGAUCCGCCGGAGGGCCGCCAGCCGCCGUCCCGCAGGGAGCUCUGCGUCGGAAAGGUGGCCGUGGGCCGGCACGUGCGCGGAGACGCGGCCGUCACCCACUGGAUAUCGAUGAUGCAGAGUCCGAGACGGACCGUGUCCCAGUGGCAUUGUCUGAGGUAGCGGCGCCGCCUCAUCGGCGAGCGAGGGUGCGAUGAAACGAUGACAAAUGUAACGAACGGUUCUCAACCCGGCCAACAAAUAUGGCAUCGGGGAAUACAAACCGUCUAUUUCAACAGGCCGAGAAAAUCAGUUUGCCUUGUGAGUUGUGACAUGACGAGUUUUCAUGUGUCGUGAAUCUAACCGAUAUUUAUGAACUUAUUCUAGCCCUGCGAAUGUCGCUAUGACCUUAUAGGAUGAACGCCGGUAGACCCACAGCAGAUCAUUUGUCAAUGGUGAUCUAUAUUGUUCGCUGGAUGUGUUCUUGGGAGGCAAAUGGCACAAUGUAUGGUGCGUUGCCUGGAGAUCGAAAUCCGCCCACAACAUUCAUACUUUUGCCCCUUAUUCUUUUGUGUUGGAUCAUGAUGCAUAGGUAUUGGGGGGAGUGUCAGGCGACGUUUAAGUCUGAACAUGGAACACGAUGUGCUCCGACGGGCAAAAUAAAAUGUACAUCAACUUGCUUAUAGAAAUCCAGAACGCUAGCAUCCAGAUAGUCGACAAAUAUUGGUAAUAAAUACAUAUAUCUAACUGUCGAACAUCAACCCCAAAAUUAUUAAAGUAAUAGUUGAACAUUUCAACAACCAUCGGAAGAAAAAUCACUACAUCUUUAGAAAUGUAUUUAUAAUAAUACAAAAGCAAUAUAAAACAACAGUCACUUAAAGAUGCUCGUUGAUAGACAAUCAGGCAGACGACUAGGGGUAAAUCGCGACGCUUACACCAUCCAUAAAAAGCGACAUUGAAAAUUGCUAUAAAAGAUGGUGUGCCCCAUUGCAGAAAAUGGGCACGCAUUAUGUCAGUACGUGCGAACGUCGUACUAUAGUAAGCGAGUCGUCAGUAGGAAAGGGAGGGCUUAUUAGCUACCGAUAUUGCGCUACCUGGAGCUUCAGAGAGCCGGUAAAAUGGGUUGUUGCGUACAUGGUGCAUUGACAUACAGUGAAUAAAUGUUGUUCGGUGUCCUGUUGCGAGAAAAUCAUUAUCAUGAAAGAAAAUUGUGGAAUAACUAAUCGUGGAAUGAAGCCAAUGCCAAUUCAU